AUGUGCAGUGGGAAGCGAGAGGGCCCGAGCUUCGCGCGGGGUGGGCGGGGCCUGGGGCGCGUGGCGGGGCGCGAGCGGCACGCGGCGCGUGGGCGGGGCGCAGCUACGUCACCGCUGGCGGCCCCGCCCCUUCGCGCCUCGGGUCGGCGCGCGCUCUGUGGAGACGCCAAGAUGGCGACGAGCGACUGCUCCGGCUUCGCGUGGGGCGCCGGCCCACAGUACAGCACCGGGCCUCCGAUGGCUUUUCCCCUCCCCACCUCUGGAGCCAGCCUCUCGACGGGACCCGCUGCUGGAAUGGGUCCCGCUGUGACCCCACCGUUUCCCGCGGCUGCCCUGCCCCCCAGUCCUGUCCCCCCAGCGGGGUAUGGCGGGUGCCAGCUCCACUCGAGCCCGCCCCAGGAGCCCGCCCCGGCGCCCACCAUGGCUCCCUCCUACCAGGACAGUUACAGCCACGGACCUCCGACAGAUGCCGGAAGCUACAGUAGCUUCGAGAACAAACAGUAUUGCCUGCCUGCUGCCUGCCAGCCUCAGCUCACGGCCACGGCCUGCCAGCCAGGGACUAAAGGACCUUCUGUCCAGCCCAGUGGAGGGUACAGCCAAGCACAGCCCCUACAGCCAGCAGCCACUGCCACGGCAGGGCAGCCAGCCAACGCCCCAGCCUUGAGCUACACCGAGAACUACACCUACCCACUGGCGACCAGCGCUCUGCCCACGGCCUCUGUCUCCCCACUGCCUUCCUAUGCCCCAACCUCCUGCAGCCCCGCCUCUGCCCCGGACACGGGACCUGCCUACCCGAGCUAUGAAGCAGCGGUGCACUCGGCAGUCGGUCCUCUGUGUCCCCCACCGCUGCCCCUCCAGCUGCCACCGCCUCCCCAGCUGCCCUUCCCACUCCCCACACCCCCAGGUUCCCUGUGGGGCAGCCCCAGAAGCAGUCCCAGGGCCAGCUCUGCCACCAGCAGCCUCUCUGGAAAGCUUCUGGCUCUCCCCAAGGCGUCGAAAGCCAAGGGUGGCCCCAGGGAGCCCCCGCUUCACUACUGUGACAUCUGUAAGAUCAGCUGUGCUGGUCCCCAGACCUACCGUGAGCACCUGGAGGGGCAGAAGCACAAAAAGAAAGAGGCGGCCCAGAAGGCGGGCACCCAGGCCAGUGGCGGCCCGUGUGGGGUGCAGGGGAGGCCGCACUGCGGGCUUUGUGCCGUGUCGUGCACAGGGGCAGACGCCUACGCCGCUCACAUCCGGGGAGCCAGGCACCAGAAGGUCUUAAAGCUACACACGAAGUUGGGGAAGCCCAUCCCUGCGAUAGAACCCGUGCCCGGGGACUCCAGCUCGACCCAGGCCACCUGCGCCAGCCAGCCGGCCCCCCUCACUGCGGAGAGUCCCCCCGCGGGCUCUGCCAAGCCCACAGCCCCUGCCGGUCCCAGCGUGUGUACCCUGAGCAAGCCAGCACUGACCAAGAGACCAGCGGCUUUGAAGGCCACGAGUGUGGGGCCUUCCAAGCCGCAGGUGGUGGGCAGCAGGGCCCCAGAGGGCAAACGGGCACGCCCCGCACCAGAUGGGCCUGGAGGCCCAACUGCCCGCGGAGACUCUGCAGAAGCUUCUGGAAGCUGUGCCUCGCAGCCAGUGGGCCCAGGCUACUUGGAAGAGGUGCGCAACGAAGAAGGCAAAGUGGUCCGGUUCCAGUGCAGCCUGUGCGAGUGCAGUGUUGGGAAUGCCACAGCCAGGGACACGCACGUGAGGGGCCGGCGGCACCGGCUGCAGUACAAGAAAAAAGUGAACCCAGACCUCCCAAUCGCAGUGAAGCCCAGCCACAGAGCUCGGAAGCUUCUGGAGGCCAGGCUGAGGAAGCAGAGGCAGCUGAGCAGGCAGCGGCUCGAGGAGAUGCGGCGCUGGCGCCAGGAGCUGUGCAGGAGGCGACUGGAGGAGGGGCCUCAGGCCCCCGAUGAGCAGCCUGGACCCUCUUCGCCCGACCAGCACUCUCCUUCCCUCGCCAGCAGGCCGGGGGCACCGCCCGGCUCACCUCUGUCCGCACGGCGGCCGGAGUCCAGUGAUGACCGGCAUGUCCUGUGGAAGCACGCGGCCAUCUAUCCCACGGAGGAGGAGCUCCUGGCCGUGCAGAAGGCCGUCUCCCACUCGGAGCGCGCCCUCAAGCUGGUGUCCGAUGCGCUGGCCGAGGAGAACUCCGGAAGCCCAGUGCACACGGGCGGUGAGCACAGUGGUGGCUCCCCCUCCGCGCGGGUCCUGAAGGGCGUGAUGCGGGUUGGCCUCCUGGCGAAGGGCCUUCUGCUGCGGGGGGACAGGAAGGUGCGGCUGACCCUGCUGUGCUCGCAGAAGCCCACGCGCGCCCUGCUGCAGAGAAUCUCGGCGCAACUGCCCCAGCAGCUCCCGAUGGUGACAGAAGACAAGUAUGAGGUCUCCUCUGACUCCGAAGACAACAUCAUCAUUUCCUCCUGCGAGGAGCCCGGAAUGAGGGUCUCUGUGUCGGUUACCUCACCCCUGAUGCGGGAGGACCCUUCCAUGGAACAAGAGGGAAUGCAGGUGCCUCCGCCGGACCCAGGCGACGUCCUGAGCCUGGAGAAGAGCCUCCAGGCACUGGCUGCCCUCCGCCAUGCCAAGUGGUUCCAGGCUCGCGCCAGUGGCCUGCAGCCGUGCGUGAUUGUGCUCAGGGUCCUCCGUGACCUCUGCCGGCGUGUGCCCGCCUGGGGGGCCCUGCCGCACUGGGCCAUGGAGCUGCUGGCAGAGAAGGCUCUGAGCAGUGCGUCGGGGCCCCUCAGUCCUGGGGACGGCAUGAGGCGUGUCCUGGAGUGUGUGGCCUCAGGGACACUCCUGACAGAUGGGCCUGGGCUCCAGGAUCCCUGCGAGAGAGACCAGAGGGAUGCCCUCGGGGCCAUGACAUGCCAGCAGCGUGAGGACAUCACAGCCAGUGCCCAGCACGCCCUGCGCUUGCUGGCGUUCCGGCAGAUCCACGCGGUCCUGGGCAUGGAGCCUCUGCCGCCCCCCAGAAGCCGGCCAGGGCCGCGUUUCCGCAAGAGACUGAGGGAGGCGAGUGCGGCCCCCGAGGGUGACAUCCAGAGGAAGCAGGGCCGGCCGGGCGAAGAGGGGCCCGCGUGAGCAGCCUCACCCCUGCAUGUGAGUCCCUGGAUUCAUCCCGACGUUGGAACGUCGUGUUUUCUCCAUGGGUUUCUUUAAAAACACUUGUGUUUCAGUCCUCAGUGAAACCCUGUUAUCAGGGCGUGAGAGCCGCAGGGGGCUGCCCCCUCCCCACACUGCGGCCCCUGCCUGUGUGGGUUUCCGAAGUGUUACCUUUGGAUCUCGCAGCUGCUCAUGCCCUUGAAAUCCUGCCGAAGGGCCUUCUCGGCUGGGGAGGCAGGCCAGGGAGAGCAGGGGGCUGGGGGCCCAGCCUGAGGGCACAGCCAGGCCCCCAGCCUAGAGACCCCCCAACCGCCAGAGGUCUGCAGGGCCUGAGCUGGUGGUGUUUCUCCCGCUCUUGGACCCUCAGGGAGGGUGCUGGAGCCCAGCGGUGGUGAGGGCGCAGGCUGGGUGCUCCCCUCGCCCCCCAGAGAUGUCCGUGACCCACAGCCGGCCCUGACCCCGUACUGACGAGCACCUUCUAACACUGCUGUCUGCCACUUUGCAUUCAGGCCUGGGCUCUGCCCUCGUUCCCACUCGGGUGCGGCCAAUGCAGGCCCAGGGCUGGGCCUGGUGGGCGUGGGGGCACCCCCAACCCCCACCCUGAUGCAGCCAGACUCCCUCUCUGCUGCGGCGUUUUGUCCAGCUGCCCGGUGACCCUGAUAGAGAAAAGCCCAUCUGGGCUCGAUCUAUCCCUUCAGUUCCUUUUCUGUGUUUAGGGGAUGGCAGGAG